AUGGGGACACCAGCCAUGGGCCGUUGUCCCUGGAGAACCCCCCAGCUGAGGGGUCCGUGUGGUGGGACAGAGCUGCUGGACGCCUUCAAGGAGUUCGACACGGACCAGGACGGGUACAUCAGCUACAAGGACCUGGGCUCCUGCAUGCGCACCCUGGGCUACAUGCCCACCGAGAUGGGGCUGAGGGGUCCGUGUGGUGGGACAGAGCUGCUGGACGCCUUCAAGGAGUUCGACACGGACCAGGACGGGUACAUCAGCUACAAGGACCUGGGCUCCUGCAUGCGCACCCUGGGCUACAUGCCCACCGAGAUGGAGCUCAUCGAGAUCUCCCAGCACGUCAAGAUGAGGAUGGGUGGCCGCGUGGACUUUGAGGACUUUGUGCAGAUGAUGGGGCCGAAGCUGAGGGAGGAGACGGCCCAUAUGGUGGGCGUGAGGGAGCUGAAGAUCGCCUUCCGUGAG